AUGGGCUGGUUCUUCGGCGCUUUCUCAAACACACAUCUCUGCCAAAUCUUCGAUCUCGGCUCAAUGCUCACACUCGGCGCUGUUCUACAAGUCAUCGCUCAUGCGCUCCGAUCUUGGAAACCCCCCUUUCCGCUGUUCACUAUCACGUUCUGGCUUGCGAGUUUGGGGCAGGCGUAUCAGGAUACACAUGGGAAUACGUUUGUUUCUGGGGUGAGGGGGUCGCAUCGGUGGUUGGCGUUUAUUCAUGCGAUGUACAUGGCUGGAUGUCUGGUUGGACCUUUUGUGGCGACGGGUGUUGCGUCGGCGGGGAGUACGUCGCGAUGGUACCUUUUCUACACUUUCCCACUUGGUAUUGGUGUUUUGAACGUCGCGUUCGUGGUAUACGCGUUUUGGGAUACUCUGAGGUUGAAGAGGAAGCAAGCGCCUACUGAGCGGUCGCUGGAAGCUGAUGAAUCGCCCGCGUCAAGAAACGACGAUGCAUUUUCGUUGAUGAAGGAGACUUUGAAGAACAAAAACGUCUGGCUGAUUAGUCUUUUCUUCUUCUUCUUCCUUGGCGCAACACUUACAGCUAGUGGAUGGGUCGUCGAGUACUUGGUCGAGGUUCGCAACGGCGACAUCAAUCAGAUGGGUUUUGUACCAGCUGGCUUCAGUGGAGGGUCAUUACUUGGGAGACUAUUUCUUGCGGAACCUACACACCGGUUUGGAGUUCGUCCGAUGAUAUUUGCCUUCACAAUUCUCAGUAUUGGGCUGCAAGUUUUAUUUUGGCUGGUUCCCAACAUCAUCGCCGCUUCCAUCGCCAUCAGUCUACUCGGCUUCUUCAUGGGCCCAUACUUUGCCACCGGUAUAUCCGUUGGCUCCAAACUGUUCAAUCCACGUAUUCAAUCAACAGCUUUGGCAUUUGUCUUUGUAUUCGCGCAGCUUGGAGGUUGUCUGUUCCCCAUCAUCACUGGUCUCAUCGCCGCCAGCGCCGGAGUCUCAAUUCUUCAGCCUGUUCUUUGUGCACUCUUGGUCGCUACGAGCGUUUCUUGGCUGUUUGUUCCGAUGCCCAAGGAGGGUGACAAUCCGACGCUGCACCAGGAGUAA